AUGUCGAUUCGCUAUCUCACAGCACGUCUGGCCCAACAGAUUGAUGAAGAGCUGAUGAGUGCAUCAGGCGCGUUUAGUAUUGACCAGUUGAUGGAACUGGCCGGUUUAGCCUGUGCACAGACCAUCGCAACAGUCUAUCCUUUGCACGAGGACCAGCAGGCUUCGAACUCGCGGGUUCUUGUCUGCUGUGGACCAGGAAAUCAGGGAGGAGAUGGCCUUGUGGCCGCUCGCCACCUCAGCAUGUUCGGCUAUAAACCUACUGUAUUCCUGCCAAAGCCAGGCUCCAAGGACAUUUAUAAGCGUCUACAAAGGCAGACAGAAAACCUGGCCAUCCCAACACUUUCAUCGAUCGCCGACCUCAAGGACUCUCUGAAAGAGACGGACGUUAUUCUAGAUGCAAUCUUUGGGUUCUCAUUUUCUGGACCCGUACGACCACCAUUCAACGAGGUGCUCCCCCUCAUCUCCAAGAGCAAACUACCCAUCGUCAGCGUUGACAUUCCCUCUGGAUGGGACGUCGAGAAGGGACCUGUCCAGCGUGAGGUAGAUCAAAGCGGCGAGAAGAUAGAGGAAGUCCUCAUGCCAGACGUUCUCAUCAGCCUGACAGCUCCCAAAGAAGGCGUCAGAACCUUCAAGGGCGUCACUUUUUGGGUGGCCGCUUUGUUCCUUGGUAUGUUCUUGACCAUGCAUCGCCCAUUCUCACCUCGUGUUAGGGGCCUGCAAGAAAAGUUUGCGCUUAAUCUACCCGCGUACCCGGGAUUUGAGCAGAUUGUCGAACUGCCUUCGGGAGAAGGCCAACAGAGGCUCUGA